CGGGGCCAGGCGCUGAAGAUGCUGCCGGGGACUGCGCGGCCGGGCGCCUGGGACCGCGGCCGGGUCGGGGAGAGGCUGCGGGCGGCCCUGGCCGGGCUCCAGGAGCUCCAGGUGCUGCGAGAGAGGCAGCGGGCGCUGGUGCGGGGGGCGCUGGCCAUGCAGCACCCGCCGGCGGCGCCCAGCAAAGAGCAGCGGCUGGAGGCCACCCUCAGCGCCCUCAAGGAACAGCUGUCUCGUUUAAGGAGACAGGAUGUUGGCUUGAAAAGUCACCUGGAUCAGCUGGACCAGCAAAUCAGUGAACUGAAGCUGGAUGUUAGUAAGACCUCCAGCGAGUAUCUGGACAGUGACAGCCGUCCCAGCUCAGGCUUUUAUGACCUGAGUGAUGGUGGCUCCUGCUCGCUGUCCAACUCUUGUACAUCUGUAUACAGCGAGUCCAUAUCCUCAUCCCACACCAGUCUGUUGCCCGGUGCUCAGCAGCCUAAAACAAGGCUCAGCGUGUUUGAUUACCGACCCAAGUCUGCAGAUGAAACCACGGUACACACCGCCAAGUUCCAGCAGCAGGGAGUCUGUAUUGGCAAUGGAUGUCGGAUGAAGGCUAGCACGGUCAUUUCUGGGACUCCCACCAGAUCCAGACCAAGGCCAGUUUCCACAGGUGACCUAGAACGGCUUGUAUCAGCAGACACUGCAUUUCAGAAAGCAACAGACCCCAAGUCUAUGCCUCCAGUUUGUCAUGGAGGGGAACAUCAGUUUCACAACGUAGACCCCAAAUACCAGAAUGACUUGGUCUCCAGGAACGGCAAUGAUGUCUACCCUUACCCAAGUCCCCUUCAUGCUGUGGCUUUACAAAGCCCUCUUUUUUCCUUGGUGGGGGUGCCCCUGGAAACAGACAAUCAUGCUCCCCCCAGUAAAUCCACACCUGCUGUGACAGGUCCCAGCUUGAUUAGGACUAGGCCAGUCAUUGAGACCAGGCCAGGGGGUUACAUCAACAAACUGCUCCAGUUGACAAGAUGCAGAGGGAAUAAUCAGGCCGCUGCCACUGAGCGGGUUUCGACAAAGAGCCAGCCAUCCACAAUGCACCAGAGACUCAUUAUAACCCCCACUGCUGGUGGAGUGAAAAUUAACAGCAGCAACAGCCAGCUGGAAAAACAACUGAGCUCUCUGGAAAGUAACAAAGCUGAAGGGAAGCUGCAGAGAGAGGUGCCUGAGGGGGAAUGUGCCAAGCAGCAGGAGACUGUGCAGUGUGUGAAUGCAGAGCAGGCAUCCACCAUGCCUGACACAGAGCCAUCAGCUGUAAAUAGUUGUUACUCUGCCAAGUCAACUGCCAGGAGUUCUCCUCUGACAGAAGCAAGGGAGAACAGCCUGGAGCACAGUUCUUCCAGCUCGCAGCCAUGCCACGAGGAUGACAGUCUGGGCACUUUCAACAUGAAAGCCCUCCUGCCCAGAAAGCCUAACAGAAGGGGCAGUAGCUUCAAAGUGGCUAAUGUGAGAGGUCACGAACUACCAGCUCAGGGUGAAUUUGUCCAUGCCCAGUUUGUCCCUGCAGAAUCCCAUCGAGUUAGAGUGAGGUUUGCCAACUCCAAAAUGAAGUCUGUGAAAAUCAAGAGGAGGAACAGUGAGAAGUUGCCCAGGCCUGGGAAGCCAAGCUAUUGUACAGAAAAGCCAAAGGCAGUCCACCUGGCUGCCAGGUUCCCUGCUGAAUGCCAUCAGUCCCAGAGGCAGCAUGGAGCAAAGGGCCUUCUUAGGAGACCUACCUAUGCUGGGGAGGUUACAGGCAGAUCUUGCUCAGAAUCCAGCCUGUUCCCUGUGCAAUUCAGAAUGCCCCCUGUGCCAUCCAAGCCUGACCUUUACAGGGCAUCUUCUAAUGCCCUCUAUUCCCUUGAAACUACUUAUGUAGACACAGCCAUCAAGAAGAAACAGCGCAAGUGGCAGUCCACUGUGGAGAUCUCAGCGAAGGCCCAUAUUGCCAGUGGUUUUGGCUUUGGGCCUCCAAGACAGCCCAUAAGGAGAGCAGGGGUCCUGCGUGCUGUGAGCGUGAGGGCACGUUCAAAGCCUCACCACCAUGAAAUGUAUGCCAAAAGUGAGUCAGACCACUCUGAGUACUCUGCUGAAUGUGCUUCCCUCUUUCACUCCACCAUUGCAGAGACCAGUGAAGGUGAGGUUAGUGACUACACAGCCAACCGCUUUGGGGACAGUGAAUCCAGUGAAAGUGAUUCAGAUGGCAGUAGCCACAGUAGCAGCUUCACUCUUGACUAUGACGAUGGAGAUGACAGUGAGUUGAUCUGGCCUGAAACAUCUGUCCGGCAAUCUGCAGCAGUCCAAACCUCUUCCAAACCUCUUCCCCCGAUGCCCAAAAUCUGCCGCAUUAAAGCCUCAAAGGCACUGAAGAAGAAGAUUAGGAGAUUCCAACCUGCUUCUCUAAAGGUUAUGACCAUGGUUUAAGUGAGAGCAAACAUCUGUAUUUCCCAAUGAGACAUCAAGCUGGCUCUGGCUUGUUUGCAAAACAAAAGAGCUGAUGCUCAAAGAAAAGGAUUUUCUUAAACGAACUGUGAACAACCCUGAAUCAACACAAGGGACCUUUUCAUUUGCUAAUGCCUGUAUAUAAAUGUCACUGUAUCUAAUUUCCUCUUUUGCCAUUUAGUCUGUAAAUACCAUUGUGUAUAUAGGCCAAUGUCUUUUCUACAAUGCUUCAGAGGUCACCCUGUUAAAAACGAAAUGUUAAUAUGAGCUAACAUGUUUGAACAGGCUCUGCCACAAGAUUCUGUGAGAAGCCUCUUGGUGGCUUGUAGUCCAUGGGCAUUCAGAGAAUUGACCCAGUCUGAGACACAGGCCUCCUAAGAAGGCCUCACUAUUCUCCAGAUAAAGACCCUGAAGCUUCCCUCCCUCCACCAAGAUUCUGUCCAUAAUAUGACUCACAAGAAAGUAUCUCCCCAUUAACUGCUCAUCUGUCACUCUGCUCCUCCAACUGAGCACCACCAGAGCACUUGGUUUGGUUUCCUCCACACUUGGAUUGAUCAUUCCCAGCCAACCCCCCAAUCAUUAAGAGGGAUCAAGUUUAAAAGGGAGGGGAAUGUACUGAUGAAGAAGAACAAGACAUUAAGGAUAGUUUGCUAUAUACAAAAUUGAAGGCAUAAAUAUGAUGUUAAAAAACCUGUCUUUACCAUUUUUUUCAUGCAUUGUUAAGAUGGACUGUUUCCUGAAUGGGCAAAAAAAGAACGCUCUGUACCAUAGCUGUGGCUGAGAGUGUAACAGUUUUGCCCUUGCCAUUGCAGACUCAAUAAAUACUAUUUAAUGUUCUCCUGAAAA